GCCUGCGUCGUCGAUCCCCGAAGGGAUUCGCGCCGCCGCUCGCCGCCCCUGGGCGGGGAUAAGCCUCCACGACGCCCUGCCCUCUCCCCUCACUCACCUUCCCUUCCUCGCUCACUCGCGGAGCUCUCCUGAAACCCUAGCACGGCCGCCGUUCAGCACCGCCGCUGCCGGCCGCCCGAAGCUCCGGCGAGCAUCCUGGAGUCUUUGCCUUGUCAGGUGCUACCUCCACACCGAAGGAAUCGACGCGGGUGGCCAGGAAUCGACGCCGCCGUCCGCGUCUUCCUGAACGUCGGCUGGCCGUGUCAUCGCUAUCUGACCUCUCCGGCCACUCCAUGGCGUUCAUGAAACGCCAAGUUUUGUCCUCUCUGCCUCCCCUUCCUGAAGGUGGGGAGGUUGAUGAACGUACCGUCGUUACUGACGACGCGAAGGGUACUUCUCGCCCUAAGAGCGAAGUCAUAGGAUCCCAAAAAUCCGCGGCUUCCUCUGAAAGAGAGACUGAAUCCGACGCUUCCGAGUCGGUGCACUCUCUCCCUUCCGCUGCUUCCCCAAGGAAUAGGAGAAAGAGGGGUGAUGUCGAGGACUCCGGCACCUCCAAACCCGGUGGAUCACCUGCCGAAGAAACUGCUCCCGAGGAGGAGGAAGCCUUCAAUCCUUACGAGGAAGCCCUCGUUAGCUCUGACGAAGAAGAAGAACCUGAUGCCAAUGUGACUGCUCCCACGAGCACGUCGCAAACUUUGGUUCUUUCGGAAACUCGUCGCGCAGCGAAGGGAACUUCGCCUCCUCAACAAGAUCUGGAAAUGUCGACUCCUGCCACCAGCCCCCGAGCCCCCACGCCAAAGAGAGCGAGGAUUGAACUUGGCAAAGAACCGGGCCUCUUGGCCGGGAGCUCGACUCCUCCUCAUUUGGAUGACCCUCUGAUGAGGGAAUUCAUUCGCCUUGGUACUCAAUUCAUUGGGUACCGCGAUACUGUAGAUAAUUUGAAAGAGGCUCUUGCCAAAGCUAACAAGUGAGCCGAUGACUUCGCCAGCAAGCUUGAACAGAGUGAGAAAGCUCGCGAGAAGGUUGAUACGUCUCAAACGUAUCUAUAAUUUCUUAUGUUCCAUGCUAGUUUUAUGACAAUACUCACAUGUUUAAUAUACACUUUAUAUCAUUUAUACGCUUUUUCCGGCACUAACCUAUUAACAAGAUGCCAAAGAGCCAGUUCAUGUUUUGUGCUGUUUUUGGUUUCAUAAAUCCUACACAGGAAAUAUUCUCGGAAUUGGACGAAACGAAAGCCCAGGGUCUUAUUUUUCCACGGAGCUUCCAGAAGACCGAAGAGGAUACGAAGUGGGGCCACGGGGCGUCCUCACCAUAGGGCGGCGCGGCCAAGGAGGGGCCUGCGCCGGCCUAUGGGGUGGGGCCCCCGUGCCCCCCGACUCUGCCCUUCCGCCUACUUAUACUCUCUGUCGAGAAAACCCUAUUACCGAGAGCCAUGAUACGAGAAAACAUACUGAGACGCCGCCGCCGCCAAUCCCAUCUCGGGGGAUUCAGGAGAUCACCUCCGGCACCCUGCCGGAGAGGGGAAUCAUCACCCGGAGGACUCUACAUCACCAUGAUCGCCUCCGGACUGAUGUGUGAGUAGUUCAUCCUUGGACUAUGGGUCCAUAGCAGUAGCUACAUGGUUGUCUUCUCCUCAUGUGCUAUCAUGUUUAGAUCUUGUGAGCUGUCUAUCAUGAUCAAGAUCGUCUAUUUGUAAUGCUACAUGUUGUGUUUGUUGGGAUCCGAUGAAUAUGGAAUACUAUGUCAAGUAGAUUAUUGAUCUAUCAUAUAUGUGUUUUUUAUGAUC